AGUGCCGCUUGCGAAGCCCCAUCCCGGCUUCACUACCACCACCGCCCCUUGGGCCCUGCUCGGCUUUUCGCGCUUUUUCUCGCUCCUGAGCAUGGACCUGCCUGUGGAAAAAUGGAAAGUUUACGUUAGCCAGAAAUUGACUUUAUUGGAGCCAUUGUUGAAGGAGAAGCUGUGUCAUCCCAUGUCAAUCAGGGACAGCUUCCUUCAGUCCUUAACUCUCUUCCAUCCUGAAGAUGAAGAAUAUUUGUUUAGUCUGUCCAGAUACUAUUGUGUGAAAAAAGAUCCUAGCAUGGUGCUGUCCUGCAAGGAGGAAGGGAACAACAGGUUUCGGAAAAAGGAGUACAGAAUUGCAGCAGUGCUAUAUUCCAGGGCCUUGUCCCAUGCAGAGGCCGGCAGUCCAGAAAUGGCUGUGUGUUAUGCCAACCGCUCUGCGGCCUUUUUUCAUCUGGGUCAGUUUGAGGUUUCUUUAGAAGACAUUAGGAGGUCGGAGGAAGAGGGCUACCCAGACAGGUUGUACCUCAAGAUUUUGCUGCGGAAAGCUGAAUGUCUCCUUUCUCUAGGGAGAUUAGAGGAAGUGGCGGAAGCUCUCAGCUGUGUGGAGAACAAAAUGUCUGCAGACCAGAGUGUGAAAGCCACCAGCUAUCAGAUGCUGCUUCAUAAGUUCAGUCAGCUGAAAGUCAAAGCCUGUAAGGAAGACAGCAGUGUAGUCUGUCAGCCCACCGUGCCUGACUGGGCCCAGGAGGACUUGGAGUCCUGGGAGGAAAACAGCAGGAUUUCGUGUGCCUCAUCAUCGGUCAGCUUGGAGUUUUCCACUUGCAAAGGGCGCCAUUUAGUUGCUUCCAAAGAUAUCCUUCCCGGUGAAAUCUUAGUGAGGGAAGAGGCUUUUGUGAGCGUGCUACAUCCGGGAGAAAGCUUCUUGCUGCGAGGCAGUGCUGUGGCCAUGUUAAGUGGGCAGCUGGCAAAUGAAGAUCUUCACUGCCACCAUUGCUUGAGGCAACUGCUGGCUCCUGUUCCCUGCCAAGGGUGUAGCUACGCCAAGUACUGCAGCCACGAGUGUUCCUGGCGGGCAUGGGAGAGCUACCACAGGAGAGAGUGUUCCCUCGGGGGCCUGCUCCUUACGCUGGGAAUCUUCUGCCAUGUCUCCUUCAGAGCAGUUCUGGUGGCUGACUUUGCAGAGGUCAACACUUUAGUAGAGCAGUCACACAGGGAGGGCAUAGUGGAGCCUGGCGCUGAGGCUCUGGCUUCCAGGGCUGCUACUGAGACAGCCUCUGCCUCCAUUCCCGGCUGCGAUGCUGAUGGGCAGUACCGCAGCUCCUACCGAGCUGCCUUCAGCCUUUUGCCACACGCUGAAGAGCACAGUCCUGAGUUCAGGUUCCUCUGUGGCCUGAGUGUCUCCGCCUUGUGCAAGGGACUCAGAGAUGCUGGUCCAGAGGCCUCGAUCCCAGGGAAGAAUACGUCUGAGAACCAGGAAGAACCGAGCGCUGCCAUGGCAUCUCCUGGCUUGGAAGUCUUGGGGGAGGCCAUGCUGAGGCACAUGUUGCAGCUGCAGUGCAAUGCUCAAGCAGUGACCGCUCUACGCGCCACAGGCUUUGAAGACAGGCCGAUUGCUAGCCGUGAGCAGGUGCGCCUGGCCACAGCGCUCUUCCCGGUGGUCAGUCUCCUGAACCAUUCCUGUGACCCGAACACCAGUGUGACUUUUGGUGGCCGUACCGCCGAGGUCAGGGCCCUAGAGCCAAUCCCAAGAGGGCAGGAGAUUCUCCACUGUUAUGGGCCUCACAGGUGCAGAAUGGGGGCUGCCAGAAGACGUGAGCGGCUUCUUUCUCAGUAUUUCUUUGAGUGCCGCUGUCAGGCCUGCUCAGAGGAGCUGCAGCCCAGUGCCAGAAAGAGGGCGUCCUGUUCCGAAGACCGCCUCUUCUGUUGCCCCGACUGCCAGAUGCCCAUGCAGGGGGAAAGAGGUAUGCUCCGUUGUUCCAGCGGGGCCUGCAAAGCGCUCCUACCUGAGGACCACUUCCAGUGCCAGCUACGGGAACUCCAGCAGCUGACCGAGACAGCCUUGGAGCCUCUGGAGCAUGGAGAGCCGGGCCGGUCGGUGGAGCUGCUGCAGAAAUGCAGGUUGGAUGCUAAGAACUUUCUCUCUCCGGUGCACCUGACCGUGGGUGAGAUUGAGGAUCACCUGGCGCAGGCAUAUGCGACCAUGGGGAGGUGGCAUGAAGCAGCGGGACAUCUGUGCAGUAGCAUACAGGCUGUAGAAGCCCAUUAUGGGCCCUCCAGCAUAGAAGUGGGCCAGGAGCUCUUCAAACUGGCACAAGUCCGCUUUAAUGGGCGUGCUGUGUCGGAAGCCCUGCUCACCAUUCAGAAGGCAGAGGAAGUUUUGUCCAUGCACUUGGGGGCCCGGAGCUCACAGGUCCAAGAGCUGCAAGAAAUGAAAGCCUGCCUGGAGGAGUGGCUUGGAGCCUCUGUUGCAGCAACAGCCAAGAUGGCGGCGUAAGUGGAACUCGCACACACCACCCGGCUAGGCUGCUGCUCAGCAUGAAACCUGAAUGAUGGAGCACACACCGCCCUCCCCCCGUUUGUUGCCUCUGGAAGUCCUAAGAAAGCAAUCCAUGUGACAUUCGGCUCCCUUCAUUAAAUCGUUGUGAUCUUCCCUGUAGGCCUGAAAGGACACUCCCACCUCUGUUUCCUGGUUCUCAGGGCAUUGGAAGCAUCCUGAUAACCAGGUUAGACUAUCUGUCCAUCAGGCCCACUGUUGGUGUCUCUAACAGGAAGCACUGUGGAACGUCCUCAUCUGAGAUGAUGAUGAUGAUGAUGAUUGGGACCUGAAGCUGAGGGAAGAGCCCCGUGUGUGUGGGGGGGGGGGGUUGGUGAAAGAAGGGGAUCCAUCCUACUUAUGGAAUCGGUGAGGAUCCAAAACACUGUGUAUGGUGGUGCAGUAGGACUCAGGGCCUUCUCAGAUCCUUUCCUCUCGUGGCAGCAUAAAAUGGUCCCUUCCUCUCUCUGAGGAAGAGGCAGGACUGGACGCUUCCUAUUGAUUCUCUAAGCUGGGAUCCAGAGACACUGGUAAACAUGUGCAAAUCACAACUGUAUGCGCAUAUUUCAGGGACCCUCCAGAACAGUGCCAUGUGUGGAGCAAGGGAUGGCUGUUGCUGGCAAGGGAAAUUGUCACAAAACACGCACGCAGGCUUCUCUAGGACACUGUCUGACUGCUCCACCACUCCCUUCUGAGGGGACCACAUUGCCACUUGGUUGUGAGAACAUCGCGUUGCCUCUCCUGAGAGGCUCCCUAAAUGGAAGGAAAGGCAAGGAAGAGGGGUGCCAUUUCUCUUCUCUGCUCCCCCUCCACUGCAACCUCUUUUUGCACACUUCCUCUGUCUGCCACAAGAUAUUGG